GCAGUAGCAGCAGCAGUAGCAGCAGCGCGGGUCCUGUGUGGAGGUGCUCUUCAGCAGCAGUUCUCACUACAGCGCCAGGACGAGUCCGGUUGGUGUUUGUCUGCAGAGAUCUCUCUUAUCUCACUUGCCUGCGGGAAAUCGGGCUGAAGCGACUGAGUCCGCCAUGGAGAGAGAAAAGGUACACUUCCGUAAACUCUUUAUUGGUGGCUUAAGUUUUAAAACCACAGAAGAAAGUUUAAGAAACUACUACCAGCAAUGGGGAAAAGUUACAGAUUGUGUGGUUGUGAGGGAUCCUGCAAGCAAAAGAUCAAGAGGAUUUGGUUUUGUAACUUUCUCAUCCAAGGCUGAGGUUGAUGCUGCCAUCGCUGCAAGACCUCAUUCAAUUGAUGGGAGAGUGGUUGAGCCAAAACGAGCUGUAGCAAGAGAGGAAUCUGGAAAACCAGGGGCCCGUGUGACUGUGAAGAAGCUGUUUGUUGGCGGAAUUAAAGAAGAUACCGAGGAACACCACCUUAGAGAUUACUUUAAAGAAUAUGGAAAAAUUGACACCAUUGAGAUAAUUACCAAUAGGCAGUCUGGAAAGAAGAGAGGCUUUGGUUUUGUGACUUUUGAUGACCCUGAUCCUGUGGACAAAAUUGUAUUGCAAAAAUACCACACCAUCAAUGGUCAUAACGCAGAAGUAAGAAAGGCUUUGUCUAGACAAGAAAUGCAAAAAGUCCAAAGUUCCAGGAGUGCAAGAGGAGGCAACUUUAGAGGAAGAUCUGAUGGAUAUGGAAGCGGACGUGGAUUUGGGGAUGGCUCUAAUGGAUCUGGAGGAGGACCUGGACGUGGCAGUUUUGGAGGUAGCCCUGGUUAUGGAGGAGGAAGAGGAGGCUAUGGUGGUAGAGGAUCUGGAUAUGGAAAACGGGGUGGGGGCUAUGGAGGUGGUUAUGACAACUCUGGAGGAGGAAAUUAUGGAAGUGGAAGUCAUAAUGAUUUUGGAAAUUGUAACCAGCAACCUUCUAAAUAUAGUCUAUUGAAGAGUGGAAACUUGGGUAGCAGGAACAUGGGGCGACCCCGUGGUAGAGGAAAUUAAGGUCCUGGAGGAAGUGAGGGUUCUGGUGGGAGGAGCUGAUACUGAGCUUCAUCCUAUUUGCCUUGAGCUUCAUUGUAUAAAUAGGAGAGGAUGAGAGCUCAAAGGUAACUGAACAGUUCAGGUUAUCGAAAUAAUAACAAUGUUAAGGAAACUCUUAUCUCAGUCAUGCAUAAAUAUGCAAUGAUAUGGCAGAAGACACCAGAGCAGAUGGCAGAGAGCCAUUUUGGGAAUGGAUUAGAUUAUUUAAUAACAUUACCUUACUGUGGGGGAAGGAUUGUAGAAAAUAAAAAUAAUAAAAGCCUUUGAGACAGUUACUUAGCUUUUUAAUUGUUGUUACUUUCUAGCGGUUCUUUGUAAGUGUAGAAGCAUUCCUUCUUUGAUAAUGUUAAAUUUGUAAAGUUUCAGGUGACGUGAAAACUUUAAGAUUUUUCUCAAAGUUUUGAAAAGCUAUUAGCCAGGAUCAUGAUGUAAUAAGACAUAACGUUUUCCUUUAAAAAAAAUAAGUGCAUGUGUAGAGUUAAGAAG